AUGCAAUCCUUCGCUCCCUCCACCGAACUACCCAGUGCAGUAUCCCAACCACCCAACCCCUUCAGCAUGUCCUCAAAACCGGCCUCGCAGGCCUUUGCUACCCCAUUGCAAUCUACCUCCUUCGGCGCCGCACCCGCCAUCUCCCAAAACCAACCCUUUACUCAGACCUUGAACGCUUCCAGUACCUCCGGGAUACCAGUCGCUUCACAGGGUAUCAAUUCCGGUUCAAUCCCACGAUCGGAAACCAUGACCGCUGCUCAGCCCGCCACCGCCCUCUAUCCACACCAAGUUGACGGUCUCGGUGGUCCUACGGCGACCGCUCCGUUCUUGCAGGACUUUAAUCUUGUGGCUGAGGCGGCUAAGCGGGCGCAGAUGGGCAUUGUCAUGCGUGAUUUGGAGAGCGUGACCCUGUAA